AUGAACCAACUCGCGGAAUCAACCCGAGCAACCAUCAACUCCCUAAAAGCUCAUGCCCUCCUCUCCAAGGCUCUCGCCAAUGACCCAAAGCCCACACCUGGCUACCUCUUCCCUGAACUCGCUCGCCUGACACAAUCCUCAGGGACCUGCACAGCUGUCCUUUCCCAGCUCCUUAAAGCCAUCACACCCACCGGAUACUCCGCCUCCUCCUCCACCUCUACCACAACUUCGACAUUCAUUGGGCAAAGCAACUCCGCAGUACCAGGAACAGGGACAGGACUCUCACAGGGGCAAUCAUCAACAUCCUCAACCUAUGCGUCCUCCCCGCACGUUAUUCUGAAAGCACUCAAGAUCCUCCGUCAAUUGGCUCAGAGUGGGUCUGUAGAGUUCAGGAUCCAGUUGGCGCGGGGCGGGAAGGGGCCUCUGUCGGAAGUGGUUGGGUAUCGGGGUGCUUGGGAUGAGAUCCAUGGAGACCGGUUGAACGAGGAUAUCAGGACCAUUGCCGAGGAUCUGAUUGAGUACAUGCAUUCGAACCCAGUCCAGGACCACGAAAUCCUCGAGGCGCAACAGAAAUGGACUGACAGGGAGUCAGCCGUUUUGCGGAAUAAUACCCAAGGUCUCCCAGGAUAUGGCAACUCAGUUGCCAUUCACAAACUCCAAAUGAUGUUAGAUUACGAGGACUCGGACAGUGAUGGCAAUACACGGCGAUCAAGCAGUGUUCUCCAGGAGACUACAUCAACGUCAAAGACGAAACCAAGGAAGAAGACAGAGAAGAAAAGAGAAGACGCAGCGUCACCUCCACUACCGGGAUUCGGGAACCCAGAAUUCGAACAGCUGAACCCUCAAUCAGAACCGACGCUGAUGUCAAAACUGUUUGAUAGGAUACAGGACCUGACUGCACCGCCACCACCAAUAGCAAUGCAAGCGGCCUACCGCCAGCAGGAGCAACGACGUCAGAAAUUGUUUGUAGGCGAGUAUAGCAUGCACCACCCCGGACAACACAGCGGUAACCCACGGAACACCAAAGACAGUGGCGGUAUUGUGAUGAUGGGGACGAAUCCUUUUAAACGAACGCACAGAGUUCAGGGUCUUGCUGGUGGGAGAUGGGCUGACAGUACACCGGGAGGUGCGGGAGUUGGGACAGAGCAGGAUGUGUACGCGACGAAUAGGACUUUUUCGAUCCCUCGCGUGGAUCAUACGCAGUUCAGGAACACGACCUCGGCGAUGGUUUACAGUCUUGCACAGCACAUCCAGACUAACUAUGUCAGGACGCAACUACAGCAGGAGACGUUGUUGGCAGUUAGGGAUGACAAUGACCAUCGGCUUGCGGUUUGGGGAGUUGCUGGAGAGGUGUGUGCGGUGGUGGUUGAGGGUAUCAGGCAGGAGUCGCUCAUUUCUGCCGAGCAACCUCAACUUUUCAACAAUGAGAACGAAAGUACUGACUAUGCCUCAGUACUACAGCCGCCGGCAGUCCCGACGAUGACUGGUAUCUUGCGCGAUAUGGUUGAUUGGAUCGAACAAGAGACCUGGGAACGACGGCUCAGAUACCUGUUUGUGCUGGAUGCUCUGUUGGCCCAUUGGACGACUCGUCCAGAAGUCAUCUCCUGCACGGCAUUGCCAAUACUCGUCCAGACUCUAACCGGCGCACGCUGUCAAAAUGCCUCGCAAGUAUCGAUCAGCGCCAUUUCUCGUCACCUGACAGAAUAUAUUGAGCAAGAACUUCGCCACUUAAACUCCCCGACGUCUAGGCUCAAAGACUCGCCAACACCAGCCAUCACGCUUCCAGAUGUCAUGCUCCUCGACAUUGGUGCCUAA